AUGGAUUCGCUUCUGGCACCCGAGAGCCUCUUUUCUGCUAUUGGUUCGGGAACCCAAAGACUGUUUUCCCUUGACGCUAAAUUUUCAGAAUUCGAAAUCGAAAGACCAUCAUCGGAAAUGGAGUCUGACAUUGACAUUAUAGCAGCGCUUAUCGUUAUCCCCAGGAGCGUCACAAGCAUAGCAUCGGCUUCCAGAGACGCAAGGGGCACUCUUUGGCCCUUGAUAUUUGGCAUCCAAUCUGUAAAUGAUACCGAAAAACUGAGGGGUGAAUAUUUCGCGUUGUUGAAAAAGUAUUCGCAUUCAGAACCAUCGCCCAAUUUUACUCUGAUUCACAAGGACGUAAAUAGAACGGAUGUGUCUGUUCUUGGCUCGUUGUGGGAUAUUCAUUUAAAGAUGAAAGGCGCAACAUCCGAGAUCGGGUCUUCCGAUCUCAAUGAUCGCAAAAUUAGUGAGGCGAAAGCAGAUGCAGCUGCCAUUGAGGCCACAUAUGCUGGCAAAGAUGUGGAUGCCGUUGAGCUUCCGCCUUAUCAGGAGAUCAUGUGUCGAAUAUUAAAAUUGUAUUCGCUGUGUACCCAAUCCGACUAUGCCCAAGGGAUGAGCGACAUUCUUUCGCCGAUUUUUGCAAGUGUCGAUUUUGAUGAGGUUUUGACCUUUUGGAUAUUUCUCAGCUUUCUCACCGGAAAGCCUGCAUCGAAGGGCUUUGAGCUAGCGCCGCUUGUGCAAGAUGCCUCGUUUUUUUCGCUGCAUUCGUUCUAUUCGGUGGUCGACAGCUCGCAAAUGAAGCAGGCACUUUGGACGAUUGGCCAACUGCUGAGAUUGCUGAACAUUGAGCUUUACUCGCACCUGAGAAAAAACGGGCUAGAGUCGCUACUGGUUUGCUAUCGCUGGUUGCUGGUGUGGUUCAAAAGAGAAUUCUCUUUCGAAGAUACUUGCCAGUUAUGGGAGCCCACAGAAAUACGCGCUCUUCGUUGCGCUUUCGCUUUUGGAGCAGCACUCGGAGACAAUUCUAUCGUCCAUCAACACAUUCGACGAAAUGAUCGGGGUACUUUUGGUUCGUUUAAUGCCUUAGCAUUUUAA